UUUCCUUAAAAAAUAAACAGUUAAAACAAACGAAAUUACCGUAAGAAAUUGUGAUGAUUUAAUAGGAAGAGUAAACUAGACAUAAAGUAAUUGUACAUACACAGUGGACACUUCGCAUCCAAAACUUGACAAAUAAGUAUAUGAGCACAAAAAGUUAGUUAUGUGGCGCCAUCUAGGAUCUGUCUUGAUAACUUGCAUAGCAGUUGGCAACAAUGGUCAACAAAGUUUUACAGUGGGCCGACUUUGACUCAGCCCAGUUUCCUACGCUCUUGAUGCUUUUGCUAAGGAGGUACGAAUUUCAUUCAGCUAAUGAAACAAACAUUGGACUUGCAUUGCACGUUCCUAGGCCGGUUCUCGGCCUAUUGGCAAGAACGCACGGACACGUGUCUAAUCUUAAAAAACGGGUUAUUUUCUUCGGAACAUUCUCAUUCUGGAUUUUCAGGUUCUUAGGUGGUCAUAGAGGUUUGUGCCCGUAUAUAGGCAAAAUUAGUCCCUUCGGGUUCGAUUUCGGUCCCGAGGAGGAUAGGCCAUCCUUAUGCGGGAAUCUUUGCACGUCAGAUGUACAGUGCGAACGUUAUGAAAAAUGCUGUCCGACCACCUGUGGUUAUAUUUGCCACAGAGCUAUUCAUCUUGUCGAUUAGAGAAAAACGUAUGUAAUCAUUGUGCCACAUAUUUAUUACG